UUUCAUUGGCAAGUACCAUUUUACUUAGUAUCCAAAAAGAGUGUUUGAUCAUUUCCCCACAAAACAAGGUAAUCGGAAUUUUCUUUUAGGGUUUUUCGGGAGAUCAGUUUACGAAGAAGAUGAAGAAGAGGCAAGUGGUGAUAAAACAGAGAAAAAGCUCUUACACUAUGACUUCUUCUUCAAGCAACGUCCGUUACGUUGAGUGUCAGAAGAAUCAUGCCGCUAAUAUUGGCGGCUACGCUGUUGACGGUUGCCGGGAGUUUAUGGCAAGCGGCGGAGAUGAUGCUUUGACGUGUGCUGCCUGUGGCUGUCACCGGAAUUUUCACCGGAGGGAAGUUGACACGGAGGUUGUUUGUGAGUAUUCUCCUCCGAAUGCAAACAACUGAUGAACGAAGAUGGAAAAAAGAAGAAAAGCCAAGAAAGGUAACUGAAAACAAAGAAAAAAGGAACCUGCUUUGGAUUUGAUCUAUUGAUUUAUAUUAGAUCGAGAUGUAUUUUAUAUGUAUAUGUAUAUGGUUAAUGUUGUAUAUUCAACUACUUACAUUAACGCCGAUCUAUAUGAUGAAUGAUUUUUCAAUCUUGAUGUGAUACAUACUUCAAAUCUAUGUGUACCUAUAUUUAAGAUUACAAUAUGUGGAACAAUUUUUU